AUGAAGGAAUUAAAUCAUCUUAAUUCACGAUUACUUGAAGCAGAAGACACUUAAAUAGGUAUCCUGUAUAUUCUUCUGAAUUAAAAAAGCAGAAACUACUAAGAGAUAUUGAAGAUGUAAGAGAAUCUAGAGUAGAGUGAAGAUAACUUAACAACGUGCAACUAUGAUUAAGAAUAGGGAAUCGUAUAAGAAAGGGAUAUUGAUGACUUUGGUUUGAAUAUUAACAAUUGGAAAAGUACUUAUUCUAUACUAUAAAUUUGUUCAUUGAAAGUACAUGAAUUAAAUAUUAUAUUUAUGAUAUUAAGCACAAUUUUCAUUUUAUUUUAUAUCAAUCAAGCUCUUGCGAUAUGUUCAGAUGAUAUCCCCUACUUUACAACCAGAAACCUCAAACCAACCUAAUCCGUAUGUGACAACACAAUGGAGUUCAAUCUAUCCUUUGCAGAUUACCCACUCACCAUUGAAAUUGCCAAACAUCUAUAGACAAUCUAUACAAUUGCUCCCAUUUCAACACUCUCAGCAUCUGAUAUGCAAGGCAAACUGAAUGCCUACACUGCAACUAGUUUUGAGUUUAGAUCCCCAUCUGAACACCAAAUAGAGGGAACUCAAUAUGAUUUGGAGAUGCUAAUUCAUCAUCAAUUGCAAGAUGGCUUAAUUUCUAAUUCGCAAAUGGCCAUAGUAUCUAUCCUUUUCAAAAUUGAUAAAAAGAAAUCACAACCAUUUUUUGAUGAUUACUAUUUCAAGAUCUUGAAAUAUCAGAACACUACGACUCUGACCAUCAAUUUUCACAAUUCCCUUGGCUCAUAGAUCCCCUUGGACUCAACAUUCUAUACUUAUAUGGGUACUUUCAAUUCUCAUCUUUUGGAUUGCGAACAGUUGGUACAAUGGUAUGUAGUAGAUACUCCACUUCCUAUUUCUUAAUAACAAGUUGCUCACUUCAAUUAUUUCUUCCGUAGCAAUUAAACCAACAACACUCAGGAAAAAACAACUGAAGUGAUUGACUUAUUAAAAUUGAAAGGAAAAUACUGUGAAAGCUAUUUGGCCAAAGAUUUUGGUUUGUUCUUGGCAUAUUGUGCUAUGAUUUUCAUAAUUUAUAAAUCAAUUUGA